AAUGAUCUACAUCACUAAGGAAUCAUGCCAGUCGGAUGUUUUAAACAGCGGGUUUCAAAUAGCGGUCCAUCAUAUUUCAUUCCAUAUUCUAGACACUAUACAACUUACCUACCUAGGUACCUAUACGUGAAUGAAUGUUAUGUAUCAUACACCCUCAAGAUUAAUGAGGAAAAUGCCAGCACGAUGUGAUUAUUGUGCCGGGCUGUCGAUUAGCCUCUUAGUUGAUUUAGCUAAACAAGAAUUUUCCGGAAAGAUCAUGCCAGAAAAAGCAUUCUAUCAGCACCACGCAUCGUUAGGCGAUUUAGAAGCGUUAGCAAAUCGCGGGUGUGGUCUCUGUACGUUGAUGUUAGAAUGUUUCAAAGGAACGCCUUUAGAUUACACCCAAGCGCCAACGUGGCGAACGAAGUGGACCGGCUCGGCUUGCAAGUUAGAGGAAUCGAUGUUUUUCGCCGCAAAUGAAUACCCCUUCACGGACCUCAAACUCGCUAUCAAUUCUCAUCACGUUUAUUUUCUCGAUACUUUAGAUUCGGUGCGCGUUUUCGACCAAAUUCUGGUACAGGUUGGGAUCAUACAGAAUCUUGAUGAAGCAACUCCCGACGACGAUCAGCAUUGGGGAUUCGAUCCUCUAGCGCUCACUCUUACCGUCCCCCGAGAGGAAGCCGUAAGAGUUGACGACUACCACGUUGGGCGCUUUCAAACUGAUCCUAACCUCGGAUCUCAACAAAAUUUUGACAUUGCUAAAACAUGGCUGGAAAUUUGCCAGAAGCGACAUGCGAACUGCCUCAAGGGCGAUGCCUUUGAGCUCCCCACGCGAGUAAUAGACGUUGGAAUAGGUGAAAACGCCCAGAGUUUACGACUUAUCCAUUCGAAUGGAAAGACUGCCCGGUAUAUAACACUCAGCCAUUGCUGGGGUGGUCCUGUAUCACCCCUCUUAACUACGAAGACCCUUAGUGAAUUUCAACAUCUUCCUUUCCACCGCCUGCCCGCUAACUUCCGCGAUGCCAUCAUCGUCGCCCGUAAAUUUGGCAUUCGCUAUCUAUGGAUAGACUCACUCUGCAUUCUGCAGGACUCCAAGCAUGAUUGGGAACAGGAAUCCAAGAAGAUGGCAACGUUCUAUCGGAACUCUACCUUCACCAUAUAUGCCGAGCCACCAGGCCCACAACCCGUCAAGCUCAACAUAUACCCAAAUGAUCAACGCCACCAAGUCAUUGUGAAGAGGAUAACCCAUGAAAGGGAGGACCUCAGGACGCUUGACGAUAAAAGCCCCUUAACAUCGCGGGGAUGGACGUUACAAGAGUCUUUACUGUCACCUCGGCAUUUAUACUACGGAAACCGCCAGAUAUAUUGGAAAUGCCCUAAUGGGUUCGAGUCCGCCGACGGCCUUCCACCUGGUAACUCUACGCCUGAGUUUAACUCAGGGGUGCUGUCGUCAGCUUUAUUCGGUGAUCUCCUCGCCGAGUCCCACAAGGAGCCUAUCGACACAAUGCAAUUAGUUUCCCGCUAUUAUGACUUAGUCGAGCAAUAUUCUUACCGAAAGUUAGCUUUUGACUCCGAUAAGUUACCCGCAUUCUCCGGUCUAGCGCAGCGCAUCCAUACCGUAUUACCAGGGCAGUACAUAGCCGGAUUAUGGAGUUGCGAUUUUGGUCGUGGGCUUGUAUGGUAUGAACAGACAGGCUCCUCUGGACAUGGGCCAUCAUAUCGAGCCCCCUCUUGGUCUUGGGCGGUUACGAACGUCCCGAUUACUUACCAGGGGGUCCCACUGAACUCGGACCGAUUCGAACUCAAGCUGUUAGAGCAUGAUCUGAAGUAUUGUGACCCCAGUAAUCCUUAUGGAGAAGUAAAGUCGGGACAUGUGGUAGUUCAGGGGUAUACGAUAUCACUGGUGGGGAGUAACCAAGUUGUGGACGAGACCUUGGAAGACCGUUCCACCAUCAGGACUUAUUUUGACGAGCCUAGGUUGGGGGAUGAUGUCUAUGUUAAUUCAGGGGCGGUAGUUUUCCAAGUUCAUCGAGGCGAUAGUACAUGUCUUCUAUCAGUUCGGAUGAAGGUUGGCGGUGAUACGGAAUUAAGAUUCGAUCCUACCGAAUUUCCACCUGAAGGAUACCCUCUUCUUCUUAUAGGAACGAGGACGGCACCGGAUGAUUCAUUAUACGCCGAGUGUCUGGUAUUACGUGAAGUAGCAUGUCGGAAAGGAAGCGAAUUUGAGAGGGUCGGAAUUAUGACUAUUUGGGAGUUGGAUCCCGCAUGGUUGGAAGAAUGGGAGGAAAGAGUACUGAAAUUAGUUUAA